AUGGAAAAACCCAAGUGUGUUAUUUGUGGGUCUACAAAUUUUAGGAUAGAAGAAGCCCAAGUAGUAUGCAAUGAAUGUAACUAUGUUAAUGAAAUUCAACAGGAACAAUUUGAAGAUGAUUAUGGGGAACAGGCAUCAGAUGAUCAUUUAUAUAAGGAAUAUCUUGAGAAGGAUUUCUAUGACAUUUUAAAGAAAUUAUAUAGAAAUAAUAAAUUAAUUGCUAAGAUUAAAAAUUAUGUUUUUAAAGAAAAUGAUGAAUUUUUUAUGAAAUAUCAAAAAAUUUUACUAAAUUUUUUACAAAUAUUUGUCUCAGAACAUCACUUGCCACCUUUUAUAUACGACGAAAUGAAGAAAAUAUGGUUUUAUUUAUUAAAAGUAAAUAUUAUGAACUCAAAUGUUUAUGUACCAUUAGGGGAUGCAAAGGAUUCAAUAAAACACGUUUUUGAAAUUAUAAGAGCACCCAAAAUUAGAUAUAUAGUGAAAUGCAUUAUACAAAAUGAAAAAAUCAUUGGGGAAAUAAAAACGGUAAUAAAAAAAAUGGGACUUAGCACACUUUCCUACUUUUUUGUUAUUCAAAAAAAGUUUAUUAACGAAACUAGCAAGUUUAUAGAAUUUUUACCAAGAAAAAGCACAGUUCAUAGAAGAUUCGAUAUUAAACACUUAAAUUUGUACAAAAAAACGGCCUUAUUGAAUAGCGAAAAAAUGAAUCAGAAAGAUUUCUUAAAAAUUAACGAAAUAAUACAUACCAUUCAAAGGUCAAAAUUAAACGAACAAAUGAAAGAAAUCAAUCAGGAAGAGCAUCAGAUGCUUCCCAAAUCCAGUAGUAAUACCUAUCAAGAAGUAAACCCCAUGUCUAGUAACAAUUCAUAUGAAAAUUCUACAAAGAUCCAUUAUGUAAAUCCAGCAGUAGACGAAGGAAAACAUAAUCAUAGGAAGACAGAGUUUCGCGGGUCUAUUUCACAAGAAAUCAUUGACCCAUUACUCAUGCCUGACAUUUAUGGCAACAGUUAUGAAGAUUUUGAUAUUUAUGAAAAGGUUGAUCAGGAGAGAAACCGUGACAAUGGGGAAGAAUUCUUCAACGUGGGCAAUUUCGGUGACUAUGGAGACUUAGACAACCUUGGCAACUUUGAUGAUUCUCCCCAAUUAGAUCAAUUCCAAGAAUCUGAUAAACCCGACCAACCAGGUCAAUCGAAUCAACUUAACAAGGUCCCAAAUCAUCCAGGAGAUAAAAAAGGAGAAGGAGCCACAUUCACACAAGGCGCAAGGAGUUCAGGUUUAAUGGACAAGAAGGGAAAAAAAAAAAAAGAAGGCAAUGAUUUUACAGAAGAUUAUAAUUUUUCUCAUGCCGAGAGAGUGUAUCACUUCUAUUCAUCCUUUAUAAUUAAUCAGUUACUAAAAAGUAAAAAAUUACUUAAACCAGUUGAUGCUAACAUAUCCAGCAAUUAUAUGAACAGAUCUACUAACCAAACGAAAAUUAUCGAUUUGAUAUAUCAACAUGAUUUCUUAUAUUAUUUUCAUGAAGAAUUAAGAAAAAAUUGUGAUAUUGAAUUUCUGUCAUAUUAUGAUAUAUUACAAGUGUUUAAAGGCAAUUAUGAUUAUUUAAUAUGUCAGUCAUUGGGUUUGCAAACCGGUCCAUAUAUUCCAACCAUUCAAAAAAUAACAUCAUGUCAUAAAUCUUUCUCCUCCUCUUCCUCCUCCGACUCUGAGAAUAAGAAUAAAAAUUUUCUGAACAUCCCCCAUAAGGAACCGCAAAAUUUGAAUGAAAAGCUAGAGACAGAUUAUGACCCAAACAACAAGGAUCAAUUGAUUCAAAUAGGAAACAUUUCCAAUGAAAACCGUUUUAAUUUUACAAACAUUUCUCAAAUGAAAAACAAAUUAGAUGAUGAAUACGAAAGAGAAAAUGGUUAUUAUUUUGAGGAGUUCAAAAUGGAUCGUCAACCCACUGAUGGGAUACUACUCGAUUCUCCACCAGAAAAUGUAAAAGUAAAAAAUGGUUCUUCCAAAGAUGUGGAGGAAAAGUCACCUUUGGAUGAAUCCCUUCAGGAUGUAUGUAGCCUAAGAGGAGAAACAUCAGAAUUUUUUGGCUCCAAUAUAGACGAAAGUAUUCAAGGAAGUAGGAGGGAAAAAAAAGGGAAUCAAGUGGGAUACGCUAAAAUGGGAGAAGUAGAAAGAAAAGGGACAUAUGGAGAAGGAUUCGAAGAAGGAGAACAAAAUUCGCUGAUCGAAGUGUUAAACAAUAGUGAGUUCGAUAAAAGGAGAGGGGAGGGAGGAGGAGGAGCCGAAACACAGAAUCGUGAGCAUUCCACUGUAGAUGUGGAAAAAAUCUUGAAGACAUACCAAAAUUAUGUUGAAUUGAGGAAAGGAAGAAGUAAAACUGUUUUGUACAAUGAUAGUGAUCUACUUAUCAAUUCCAUAUCUGAUGACGAGAAAUGCAUUCCAAACAAACAGGAGGAUAAAAAGGAGGGUAAACAUCAAAUGGGAGGAUUCACAAAAGAGGAAAAAAGCGCUGCGUUAUCAGAUGAGAUAAUCUGGAGCGACAACAAAAUGAAUAGCGAUUUGUUGGGUCAUGAUAUCACAAAUGCAUGUUCGUCGUUAGCUAGCGAUUUAGCACUUCCACACAACUAUGUAACAUCAUCACUUAACAAGGAUAAGGAAAAUAAUUUGUCCCUUUACGAAGGAUUCCCCACAGAAGGGAAUAAACAAGUAGACGGAUUGGGAGAGAAGCUUAAAGAUCAUUUUAACACUAGGAGCCUCUCGAAUUUGAGAAGAAAGGAAAAUGAAACAAACACAGGGGUAGAAGAAGAAGAAGAAGAAGAAGGAAGAGGAAGAGAAAGAGGAAGAGAAAGAGGAAGAGGCGUGACUAGCCUGGAUGAAAUAUACAAAAAAUUGGAAUAUUUAAAUAGGAUGAAAAAGAAGAAAAAUAUAGAAAUUCAAAAAUAUUAUUAUGAUAAUGGAUUAAUGAAAAUAGAAAAAAAUUGUGCCAAAAUUGAAAUGUUCGUAAAAAAUUCUAUAUUGAAGCACAUAAAUGAGGGAAAAUGUGAUUCCCCAAAUCGUAAAGUGUUGUACAUCCCAGACAGGUAUCUAAUCGAUUCAUACAUUUUUAAUGAUUUAUAUAAGAAUGCACUAUAUAUAAGUAAUUUAAAUAGAUUUCGAACGAUAAGCAUAAAGUAUAUUUAUAACGAAUAUGUUAACUUUUUCGUAAAGGAAUAUAAAGAUUAUUUGAUAGAUGAUGAAACAUAUAAGUUUUGUUACAAUUUUUCAUUCGAUUUGUUACUUUAUGUUAUAUAUUAUUGUAUGAAGAGGUUACAUAUUCAUUGUUUGCCACACAAUAUGACGCAAUAUACAAAUUCAGACAACUUUAAUUUGUAUAGAAUUUUCAACAACGUUUCAGAAUUGUUGCAAAAAAUUUACAGACAUGAUAGUUCUUCGCUUUCAUUUCCAUUAAAGAAUCCCAUAUUUUCAGAAAUAAAAAAAUUUUUUUUUUUAAGAAAUUUAAAAAAUGGUGUCCCUUUUUUAUGUAUACACAAUUAUGAGCAUACAAGUAAACAUUUUAUACAAGAAGAUACUACUGAAGAGAAUCAGCAAUAUUUGGAAAAAAAAAAUAUGUAUAGCAUUACUUAUUUUAAAAAUUAUAAGCAUCUAAAUAUUGCGAACAAACUGUUAACCAACUUUACCAACUCCAAAUGGGUAAAAGACUUGCAACUCUUUAAUUCUAAUUUAAUAUCCGAUUUGUAUUCACAAAUCAACGAUUUGAUAUACAAAUUUCAGCUUCCAAAUAUGGUUCAAAUAUAUUCUAUGAAAUUGUUACAUAUUGUCAUAUUCAAAUAUAGGUUUUACAAAUUUCUCUUCAAUGUAUAUUCCAAUCAAUAUGACGACAUGCACGUAGAAUUGAAUAAAUUUUACAAAUUUAAACAAAUUAUAAGAGAUUUUAAAAUAUUCUACAAGAAAAGAAAUAAAUCCUCAUUUUCACAAAAUGAAAUUAAUAAAUACAUUCUAUAUUUAAUGAAAAAAGAGUAUUAUAUUAAAAAAAAAUACUUACAAAAAAAAAAAUAUAUAAUCCCUCAAAAUGGACAAAUUAACUACAAAGUGUAUAACAAAAUCAAUUAUUUUUAUCGACAAAAAUUUAUUUGCACCUUUUUUAUUACCAUGAAAGUGUCACUCACUGUAGAAAAAAAAAAAUUCUAUCAUAUCGCUGCUGCAUGUGUUUUAAUUGCAUGCAAAUUCUAUUACCCUAUGUUUUCUUCUGAUUUUUUCACAUUUCAAAAUAUGUUCAUAAAAGACAAGUUUGAAAAUUUCCACCACGCAAAUAAUUAUAAGUGCCACAUGCAAAAUGAUAUGCAUCUCUACAAUAAAUUUGACUUCCAAAGGAAAUGCAAGCAGAAACAAGCGAACAAAUCCUCCCAGGGAAAUCUUAAUGAGGAGUGGAAUAAAAACAGCAAAAGGGGCUACAAAAUGAACAAUAAUAAAGGAUCCAAUAACCAACGUGAAGAUAGAGAAAUGAUGAACAAGAUUAUACAGAAGGAAAUAAAAAGGACAUUGAAAAGGAUUAACAGAAAACAAAGGGAAAUCAAAAUGAAUAAAAAAAAUGAUACAAAGGAGGAUAACCCAAAAUGUCGACUGAAAACUAUUGGAAAAAAGAGAAAAUCAUUUGCAUUGUUGAGAGAAGAGGAUUCUACAUUGUCUGAAUCAAAAAUGAAAAGAGCAAAGUGUAGCAGUGACAAGAGUAAACAAAUUGUUGUUGAAGAACAUCUCUUUGGGAAUGGUACCGUCCAAUGGGAAGAAGUACGAGAAGUUCAUAACUUAACCAUAAAAAAACAUCUAAAUGGGACAAAUGCAGAAAUUGGGAUAGACCUCUGCAAAGUGAAUGAAACAGUGCUGACAAAUGACAACUCCUUAUUGAACGAAAGGGAAAAGAUAUAUAGCCAUUAUAAUGAAAUUUUUAGCGACACAUCAGAUGAUGUAGUGUCUGUUCAAUGCAACACUGAAGAUAAAAAAUAUAGAAAUGAAAAUGAACUCGAAAUUUUCUUGAUGAAAGAUUAUUCUACUAAUGACAAAGAAGAGUAUUUUCAUAAUUUGAUUAUUUUUGAUGAAUCCACGUUGGAUCCAAGAAUUUCCAAAAAAAAAAGGACAAAAUGGAAGGAUCCUAAUGCUACUAUUACCUCCACUUCCACCUUCACCUCUGGUAGUACCCCACAAGUGAUGAUUAAAAAGAUACAUUUCAAAUCGUCCAAGCAGAAACACAAUUAUUAUUUCGUUCCCAUACCCAACAUUUUGAAGUUCUUUUUUAAUUAUAGAAAGUACUCCGAUUUGGAUCCCCAUUUCGGUGUCAGGUUUGGAUCAGAUGAUUACAGGAGUGAAGAGGAGAAGCAUCUUGUAGAAAAGGAAGAUGAAGUAAAAUUAAUUUCACACGUGGAUUCACAAAAUAACUCUUCACACAUAGCUAAAAAUGGAAGCAUGAAAAGUGUGAAAAAUAAAAUUAUUAACAAGGAAGAAAAUGUGUGUAAUAAACACAAGCAUGUUAAUUCGAAGAAACGAAUGCCACCAUGUCUGCAAGUUUUCAAGACACAAGAAAAUUUUUCAUGUAGAAAAAAAAAUAUCUGUGUAGAAAAACAAAUAGAUAACCUUAAAUGGAUAUUUGUGAAUCAAAACCCAUAUUGUUGCACUGAUUUAUUACAUCCUCCCAGUAAGGGAAUUUCACCACUUGACAAAAAGACAAAACCACAAAAAAAUGUUCUUGCCAAUAAUUAUUUCCUAAGUAACGUCCCACAAAAUUUAAAUCAUUUCAAUUUUGAUUUUAACUCAUUAGCUUUUUAUAACACACUUCAUACAGUAAUGAGCAACAGAAGUUUUUCCUCGUUCUCUCAUCAUCCAGGUGAAAAAAAUGACACAAACUGCCCACACUUAGAUAAAGUUAUAGAAUCAUCCAUUCUUUAUAAGGUGGGAAAAAUAAAAAGAGGAAAAAACAUAUGUCUGCAUACACAUAUGCAUAAUAAAAACACGUCCUGGAAUGCCAAAUCGAUUGAGGAAUACAACCCCAAUGAUACCAUAUGUGAAAUGGAAAAAACUCGUGGUAAUGUAAAUGGCCUGGAUGACAUAGGAAGCGACGUAAUAAUAAUAACCAACAAUGAGAGAGAAAGAAAUGAAGGUCAAAAUGCUGGUCAAAAUGAAGGGGAAAAUGAACAAUCAAUAAAACAGGUCGAUCAAAUGGAGAAGGAAAAGAUCGAAUUUGUAAAUUUUAAUGAUGAGAUAAUUGAAGAAUUUACAAGAACGAACAGUAACUGGGAAAAAGAAAAGAUGCUAUGUAGAAUAUUAAAAAAUCGUUUGUACUAUGAUAAUGAAAAUAUUAUGAAUAAUAAAAAUAAUGAAUCAAUAAAAAUUAGACACAGACAUUUACUAUUUUCUAAGAGAUAUGAAACUAUUUUUUUUCGUUAUAUUAUUUAUGAAUAUUACAUUAUGUUGCAGAAUUUUUAUACCUUCCAAUCCUUAGCAGAUAUGUUAGGUGUUUUUAUUACCUCUACAUGGAAUAUUUACCAUAUUUUAUUUUUGUAUUAUCAACUAAAAUAUGUGAUUAAUGAAUUUUUAAAAUGUUUUACACAGCUUAUAAACAUGUUCGAUUAUUUUAUGGUUGUUGUGAAAGAUAAAGAGUCCAUAAAUGCAAAUCAGUUUAAUUGUUUUUUUAGAAAUAAAUAUAAAAGAAAAAAUAUAUAUGUAUCAUACUAUAUUAAAAUGUUAUAUUUCAUUUUUGAACUUAUUGCUGCUUUAUAUGGAGUAAAAUCGAAAUUUCCAAAUCAGUUACAACUUUACCCAGGCACAUUUACUAUAAAUAAUAACACAGUUAUAUAUCAUAGAAGAAAAUAUGAAAAAGCAAGGGUAAUUAAAAAAAAUGAAAGCAUGAUUCAUUUAAAUAACUUAUUCAAUUGGGGAAAUUAUGAAUAUUUGAAAUACAUGCUACAAAAUUUGUUUAAUAUUAAAAAUGUUAAAAGAAUACUGAACAAUAAGAUGAGAAAAAUACAAAAUGAACUAAACAACAUUAUAAGGGAAACUUACAUGCAUGAAGAUUACAUUCAUGCCUAUCUUUUCCCAUUCACUAAAAAAACUCUCUUUCAUAUAAUAGUAUUGAAUGCAAAAUUUUUUAUAAUCAAUUUUAAAGGGACUUUAAAAUUAUCUAGGAAAAAUUAUGCCACAUGUCUGAGCCAAUAUUACAAAAAAUUCGACAGGUUCAGUAUGUCUACAUUGAAUUCUGUAGUGACUGUUUUGUCAGUAGAACGUUCUUGGGAUAGAAAAAUGCACGGAGGGAAAAAUUCCAUAAAGGAAAAUUCCUUCAUUAAUAAGGACUCGUAUAAUAAUGGGAACUUCCAUACCUGUGUUAACAACACCUCCAUGGAUGUUCAUUUAUCAAAUGGUUGCGAAAGAAAAUGUAGGAGGGAUAUCUUCCAAACUGUUUGCACAUACCUUUCUCCAAUCUUAGAUCUGUACAAAAAAAAAAAAUCAGUACCGUACCUAUUAAGCGACAAGAAUGUAUUCUCUCCUAUGAGAAUAAAAAAAAGGAAAUUUUGUUUCUUAUAUCAUGAUAAAUCUGAUUUGAUAAACGAUUGCUUAAAUUUUGUUAUGAAGGGAAAUCAUAAUGUAUUAAAUAAUACUGAAUUAUGUAAUAUUUUAAAAUAUAAGAAGGUUAUGAAUGUACAAGGACAGGCAAUAAAUAGAUUUGCAUACUCCCAACACGAAAAUGGAUCCCAUCUUUUUCAAAAUAUCUAUUACAAUGUGGAACCAGAUAUAGGAUUAUAUCACACUGUUAAACUUUUUAAAUAUUUUAGAAAAAUGAAGAAAUUUAUAAAAAACGCAAAUGAUUUAUUCCUUAUAUAUUACGUAACUUAUUGUAUCAAUUUAAUGAAAAAAAAUAUUUUUUCAAAGAAUAGAUUAUACUUCAACAAUCCAUUAAUACAACGCCUAUUUUAUUCAUUUACAUCGAACACAUUAAAAAGGUAUAACAAAAUGUAUAAGAAUUCUAUAUAUGAUCAAAAUAAAAUUAUAAAUUAUAUGGGAUUAUUUAAGUAUAUCCUAUGUGAAAAGAACAAAUUCUUGGGAAAUGAGAGAGGCGUAUUUCUGUCUAUUAACAGAUCCAUUAGUGAGAGAGCUACCAAUUCUAACGCAAAAAAAAAAAAAAAAAAAAAAAAAAAAAAAAAAAAAAAAAUGUUCAUAGAAAAUUCGAUUCCAUUUGAUGAAACUAAAUUGAAUACCAUCUUCAGUGAUGGUUGUGGGAAAUCGAAAUCAUUAUAUCCCAUUCAGGUGAAUAUGAAAUUAGAACCCUGUCUUAACAUUAAAUGGGAACGCUUAGCGGACCUUUCAAAACUUUAUACAAAAUAUGUCAAGAGUUAUCCAUACCCCAUUUUUACCAUGAAUGAAAUUCUUUUGAAUAAAAUCAUAUUUUUCAAUUUGGGGAAUGAAACUGUUGUUACUGACACUUGGCAAAGAAUUGGAGAAGAUUUAAUGUUGAAGACGAGGAGUAAGGAACAGAACCCCAAAAUUUUCCAAAACCAAGAAAGAAGAAAAAAACACAUAGGCAUGGCAUCCAAAACUGUGAUGAAAAAAAAACACCUGCAACAAAUCGUGUACUCAGUAAUGUUGGACAAAUUUAUCAAUAACAACAAGCAACUCAUUUUGAUCAAAAACGCAAAAAAGUUUCACGCCAAGGUAGAAAAAAAAAUCGAGAGUAAAAUUAGUCUCAUCCGUAACAGCAAUCAUAAUAAUGGCAGUAGUAAUAAUAAUAGUGGCACUACUACUACUGCUGCUAAUAAUAAUAAUAAUAAUAGUGGCCCUUUUUUUCCACUGGAAUCCCUAUCAACAUCAUCAAUAUCGUGCAUAGAUAAGAAUAAAAUUAAAAAGUUCGCAAAGGAAAAGAUAACAAAAGUUGCUCCUGUUGAACUACUCCCAAAGAUAGUCAAAUAUAUAGCACCAAUUAAAUAUUACAAAAGAUAUACUGUACUAACAUCAAUGAUGCCCCAAAUGAAUUGUAAAAUAAAUAAUUUACCAUAUAAUAUUUUAUGCAACGAUGAUCCUAUAAAAUCUUUAAUUUCAUACGACAUUUCACCUCCCAUUGACAACAAGUAUGUAGCGGAGGCAGUACAUUUUAUCAACUUGAUAAAUUCAAAACUAUUCAUAAAUUUGAAAUCUCUAUUUUCUACUAUCCCUUUAAAUGGUUACUUGAUUAGCUACCUAGAGAAACGAUUUGCAACCAUGUAUUCAAAUGAGAGACACACGAAAGAGGAACUUUCUUACAUCAUUUAUGAUAUACUUCUUAAAAUGAAUACUUCCUCUGGUAAUGACUCCUCGGGGGAUGACAACAGCACAUAUGAUGUGCUUGCCAUCCCAGAAGUAAGUGACAAGGCAAAGGAUUAUUCAAACGGGACGAUUCCAAAUGAAGGGAACUGGACAGAUGAUGAAUUUUUUUACCUUUCAACAGAUGUGGAUUCUUAUAAAAGCGAUUCAGUAUAUACUUUACGUUUGAAAAAAAAACCCAAUUAUCGUAAUCUUAAAAAAAACUUGAAAAAAAGUAUAAAUGAGUUAAAUAUAGCUAUGGAAAAAAAAGAAUCAUGUGAGUUUAACAGAUGUACAUCUUUUUUAAGAAGCAGUCAAAAUAGUGUCAGUAAUAAAAUAAUUUUACAUGAAUGUUACAAAAUUUUUAAGAAUAUAUUCCUUAAACUAAGCAAUUGUUUAAACUAUUUCGAUAAGGAGGAUUUAUGUGGAACUUCAUUUGAUAGACGUUUCUUUGAAUGGCAAAACAAUCUCAGCAUGUAUGAUCCCUUUUUACUUAUUCAUAAUAGAUCCUACGAUUUCGAUGCAGCAGUCCUGGGAUAUCAUGAAAAGAUAACUGACACAUAUGUUUUACUCUGUAAUAAAAGUGAAAGAAACCAAAAAAUGCAUAAUCAGAUUAACAAGUUGGUACAUAAUAUAACAGGAAAGAGAGGAGUAGAGACCAUCACAAAACACACCAAUCAGAAUAUAGAUUGUGGUACAUAUAACAAUAAUAUGUUUCUAACCAAGGAUAUUAUUAAAAAAGGGAAAUUAAAAAUCAUCAAUCGAGAAGAUCAAGAAAGGGCAAGUGGAAGAAGAAUAAAUAAAACCGGAGAAGACCAACAACCAUCAACAUUACCCCCACGUGUUUCCACUCUAAAAUGUCAUAAUUUCCAAGGAGAAGCACACAUUUGCAUAUACAAUGACAGCACGUAUUUCAACUGUAAUGAUUCUUCCUUAUCAGCUGAGAUGAUGAAGAAUGACAAAUAUGAAGAGUCGUUGUUGAAUUAUAACCUGAACCGAAAUGUACAUUUUCAAUUUCAUUCGAAUACAAAUUGUUUUACAUUGAGAUUAAAAAAUGAUUAUAUAAAAAGAAAAAAUAAAGUUAUAAAUUUACGAAUAAAGAGAAAACAAAUAUAUAAAAUAAAUUAUAUCCAAAAUGUUGUCCGGACAAGGAGAUAUACAUAUUUUAUAUUUUCUGUUCUAGUGUACCCAAUGAGUCAUGUACCUAGGAUUAUGUAUCUUUUUUCCAUAAGAUACUUCCCUUCAUUAUUUAUUAAAACAGUAAAUUAUUUGAGUUAUCUCAAGGUAGAUAAUCAGUUGUUACAAUUUUUUGUUAGCUACGAUGUCAAUACACUUAACGAAAUUUUCAAAAAUUUUAAAAAACAAAAAAAUUCAGAAAACAUAUUCCACAUGUUAAGAUUUAAAGGGUAUUAUAUAAAUCCUUUUUCCUUACUCGGUAGUAUUUACUACUCAAAUGAUAUACAUAUUUUAUGCACAAAUUUUAAACUCUCUUGCACAAAUUAUUUUAACACUCUUCACACUGUACUAUCGGUAGAAAACAUCAAAAGGGAACCAAAAAAUUUUUACCAGGAACAGAACAAAUUGACAGAAGGGGGAGGAAAUCAAAGCCUAUUUGUAAUUUCUAAAAAAGACAUAGAUCAGUCACCACACGAGAGUGAGGAGAGAAACAGAGAACAAGGAAAAAAAGGAAACACAAAUAGUGAAAUGGCAGACAAAAGUGCAUGUAAAAAAAAAAAGAAAAAAAAGUUAAAUGAUUCGCAUAAUUCGACACAAGAUAAUUACAUGAACACGGCAAUAAAAUUCACAGAUGACACACAGAAUUAUAUUUCAGAUGAUAAAAUAAAUAAAUUUUUCCAAAAGGAAAAAAAUACACAUCUUAGUUCUAGCACGAAACGUACACGUGAAAUUCAAAAUAUCUUAUAUCUUGAAAAUGAAAUAAAAAAUGAAAGUAGUAAGAAAAACAAAAAAAUCCCAGAAACAUUUUUAACAGAUGACUACAAAGAAUACUUAUCUAAGGAAAAUAUCAACGACGAUGAUGUUAAAGGAAACGAAAGUUUCAUCCAACGUUCUAGAAAUUUUAAUUCAUUAUCCCUCAUGCCUAAUGUCCUUGCAUUAUAUCCAGAAGAAAGGGACUCAAAGAAAAGAGCAAGUUCCUCACAGUAUCGUGGAGGAAGUACAUUGAGACGUAAUGCACCAGUUCCGUCAAAGGGUUCAUUGAGUUUUCCGACUCUCCAUUCUAUUAACGACCCAAUGACAGCUAUCGAAAAAGAGGAAGACCAUUUCAAAUUAAAAUAUUACAUAUUUGGACAAAACGAAACGAAUAUAAUUUCCCCCAAUAUAAAUAAUAAGCGGUAUUCUCAGCGUGGGUUAGCAAGAUCAUUAGUAUAUUCAAAUGAAAAGGGCGCAAGAAAAAAAACCGAGGUGGAUGGUACAGACACACAAAGUAUUCCCUUGUCAAAUGACAGAGACACGAUUAAAGAUUUCAUGAGCGAACAGCAGGUUCAGCAUGAUAGUUACUCCCUGGAAAGCCAGUGUGACGUGUAUGGAAAUUAUCACAUAUCCUCGAAUGAUCAUUUGUUUAGUACAAACAACCAAAACCACAGUCUUUUCAGCACAAGUCACAACCCAAGUAUCAACCAAAUGAAUGUCCUCACCAGUUUGGGAACCUCCAAUGACAUAAAUAAGAUGAACAGGAACCAUAUUACUAACACAGGUAUAAGGCAUGGGGAAGGUCAUAAACGAAGUAAAGCAUGUAACCGAAUAUACAACAAGUGCUUAUGGAAAAAGAUGGAUAUAGGUGGUAGUGUGAAAUUUUGUUCAAAUCCGUCAGAAACGAUUAACUUGUAUAAUAUGAUUAUGAACUCUUUGGCCAACCAAAUUUUGCUGAAAAAUGAUUCGAUAACUUAUGGAAAGUACAUGAAAAAAAGCGCACUGGAAUUUAAUUACAUCGUGUAUAAAGAAUUUACUAUUCACACGAAUUAUUACUUGGAACCAUACAACACAAGUGUGCUUAAUGAAUUCGUGUCCAUUUUUUACACCAAUCAGUUUAGAGAUAAGUAUUUAAAAUGUGAAGCAUGUGAAGAUGGUGGGAACCAUGCAGGUUCAAAUGCAGAAGUGAGUACAAAUGCAAAAGAUGCAUUAAGGAUUGACCAUGGUGAUUAUGACAGUGACAUAAAUUUGGCUAUACUUAAAAAUAACAAUGAAAAUAAGCCAAAAGAAUUUAAUGAAUUUUUUUGUGUAAAUAACGAACUUCUUCCAAUCAGCGGAGAGAACACGGGCAUGUACAGAGCGAGGGGAGAAAUUGAUAGUCAAACAUGGAGCCAAAGUGGUAGCGGAAAUAUGAACCAAAUUAAUUACCACUAUGACUCAGAGAACGCAAGGCAAGUGCCAAAUAAUGGCAGACACAAUGAUGAAUACUCAGCUUUACAAACCGAAUGUGAACAAGUGAAUGAUCUGUCAAUUGUGACGGGAAAAAAUGAUGUAGAAGAAAAUAUAAGAGACACCAUGUAUCCAUUUUUUGACGAUGAAAAUAUUUUGGAAACCUUUCAAAAGGAAGAAAACCUCAUAGAUAUGGUGGAAGAGAAGCAGGAUAAUUUGAUUAACCAAGAAAAAAGUGACAGUUCGGAUUUUUAUUCAGAAUAUAAUGGCAGUGAUGAAGAAAAUGAGACAAAUUAUUGCAACCAAGAUACAUAUACAGUGUGCUCAUUUUAUCUACAUAAGCCAGUGUAUAUUUUUGAUGAACAAUAUGAGAUAAAAGAUAUGAAACGAAAAAUGCAUAAUGGUACGGAAAAGGAUAAAAAAUAUAUCUCUACGAAGAGCAUACGCAAGGGGAAGAGAGAGAUGCAUGAUAUGGAUGAAUUAUUUAUUACAUUUAACAAAAACGUAAUUAAAAAGUACUUGUCCAAAAAUAACAAAAAACUUAAAAAGGUUUACAAAAAAUUGAUAAAAAAAAUGGAAUAUGAUAAAAAUGCUAAAAAAAUAUCCUACGCACUAUAUGACAAGACAAAUAAUUUUCUUAUGCAUGAUUACAAGUGUUCAAAAUAUAAAAAUGCUUGGGGAAAUUUUACAAAAAAUUAUGUAAAAAAAAAAAAAAAUUUAAACAAUAUUUUUAACGGAGAUCAUUUACUCAUUAACACAGUGUCAAAUGAUAUUUAUUCUUAUGAUCAAGAGGUCAGAAAAAUCGUGCAAGUCUAUAAAAGAAAGAAAAUGUUCAUAAAAAGUGUAAAGCAGAAGCAUAUUUCGACUAAAUAUAAAAAUUCAUUUCCAUGGAUUGGCGAUAACAUGUUCGUCUGUCCAAACGACGUUAACAUGUACAUUAUGGCUGGAUACAGUUCCAUUUUGUUACACCAAAAUACGUCCUACUUAAAAAAUUUUAAUUACCAUUCAGCAAGUUCGUCCAUCCCUUUAUAUUAUAAAACAAUGUCACGGAAUUUAGAUCAUUUAAGUACAAUGAUGUGUUUGCUCAUAAAGGCCUUCAGUUCCUAUAUGGAAUGCCCAUCGAACGAUUUAAUUAUAACUUGCAAAGAAGUGGAAUAUAUAUUCUUUCGAUUUUGUCUAUAG